GUCCUCGCCGUCGGUUCUGGGCUGCGAGGUCGGUAACGGCGACGGCGGUCGCCCGCAGGGAAGAUCCCCGUCAACUGUGGGAAACAGCCCAGAUUCAUUGGACUUUGUGGUUUUUGUCUGAGUGGCUGCCGAUAGGAAUAUGGCAACUGAGUAUGAAGCCAAGGGAUUAUUCUACAGCAUCUUAAGAGGAAACUGCCUAGGUGUUCCUGCCCGACUGAGGCAGAGGAGACAUUUUCUUCCAUGUCCUAAGGAGUACAAAUAUUAUUGUGUGAGGGGCCAAUGUCGUUAUAUUGAAGGCCUGAAAAAACCUUCCUGCCAGUGUGAUGCAGGUUUCACUGGCUCAAGAUGCGAGAGGCGGGAUCUGCUGUAUCUGAGAGGAGAUCAAAGCCAAAUGCUGCUCAUUACUUUGAUUGUGGUAUUGGUGAUGCUCGCCAUCCUGGCUGCAAGCCUAUGCACUUGCAGAUCUUACUGUCGAAAGAGGUAUUGGCAGGAGGAGGGUGAAAUGGGAAUGUCUGAUAAGCGACUUCCUAUUAAAGCUGAGGAUGUUAUGGAGACAAAUAUUUCAUAAAGCUGGACACAUGUGGGAAGACACCCAUCAAGGCCUGGCGCUGCUAUAAAGAAAAAGUGCCAUCCAAGACUUUGAGAUUGCAAUGGGCACUAUCUAGAAUCCCAAGGAAGAAGGUUGCUAAGAGCCAUUUUGUUUCUUGAAGGGCAGCCUUUUAAGAGGUGCAGCAAACAUUCUUUCAAAAUUAGUUUCACAUGACGUGGUGCGCGUGUGUGUAUGUGUCAGUUCUUCUAAGAAAAAUA